GUUCAUGGCCAAGGAGGAGUCAAGUUCCAGAACUGGGCCAAGACCUAUGGCUCUUCUCCAGAGCUGUACUUCCAACCCACCUCAGUGGAGGAGAUCCGGGAGAUCCUGGAUAUGGCCAGACAGCGGGACAAGAGGGUGAAGGUGGUGGGGGGUGGCCACUCUCCUUCAGAUAUUGCCUGCACUGAUGACUUCAUGAUCCAGAUGGGGAAGAUGAACAGGGUCCUCAAGGUGGACAAGGAGAAGCAGCAAGUGACGGUGGAAGGUGGGAUUUUCCUCUCAGACCUGAACGUCGAGCUGAGCAAGCAUGGGUUGGCCUUGGCCAACUUAGGAGCUGUUUCUGAGGUGGCAGCAGCCGGUGUGAUUGGGACAGGGACACACAACACGGGCAUCAAGCAUGGCAUCCUCUCCACCCAGGUUGUAGCUCUCACACUGCUGACGGCCUCGGGGGAGAUCCUGGAGUGCUCUGAGUCCAUCAACGUGGACAUCUUCCAAGCUGCCCGCCUGCACCUUGGCUGCCUGGGUGUUGUGCUCACGGUCACCUUCCAGUGCGUGCCCCAGUUCUACCUGCAUGAGGUGGCCUUCCCCUCCACCCUCACUGAGGUAUGA